AUGCCGGAUGGAAAUAAAAUGGAAAUCGAGAACGUACAAAAAAAAAGGUAUAAUCGCAUAGAGUCUACUGAUGAUGAAGAUGAUGAUAAACAAAAGAUAAUCGAAACAGCAACUAAAUCAAAAAAUGAAAGUAUUGAUGGAACCUUAGAUGCAACUCAAUCUGAUGAAAUAAGAACACGUUUUAAGGGUGUUGAACGAGCGAUUUCUCCAGAUGGAUCCGGAGUCGACUACAAAUUUCUAAAAAAAUUUACGGUUGUUACCGACAAAGUUGAGAUUCUAAUGCGGUUUUUAAGUCAAACAACAACAAUUAGAGAGAGCGUCUGGUCUACUUUUGUAAAAUCAGAUGGAUGUUCGAGAUUCAUCAAGAAUUUACUAAGACACUUCUACACUGAAAAGGAGAUAGCCCGUCUAUGUCUGACAAAAACACGAGAGUGCGGGACCAGUAGUGGAAGUCGAAGAGAAGUUAUUCCUGAUGAUACUGUGAAUUGUUUAAAAGAGUGCUUAACCUGGUUUGCAACGCAUAAAACGUCUUUGACAGAAGCUAAAAAAGCGGAGGCCAUCAAAAAUAUGAAUAAGUUUAUAACCGAAGAAAUAAAUUACCAGAUCAAGGAG